AUGGACCACAAGUCUACACGAGUGGACUGUUCAUUUCUAGCAACAGGGUACAAGGUCGCGCUGAUGCAGCACAUGUGUGACCUCUUCCGUCGCAACGCUGCCUCGACGUUGCAACUGUUUCAAACAGCGUGUGUUCUUACAUUUCUCAGUGCUAUUUCAGGUUUUGCAAGAGCGCCAGUCAACUCAAUCCCCUCGCGCGACUCUUUCUCCAAGACGUUCAGCGUCUGGGAGCAAAAAUUAAGUCAUGAGCUCGGAAUGCGGCACUACGACGUCUACAACUCGACGACAUAUUGGGUUGGAUUUUAA